GCGAGUAAAGGUCAAGCCCAGAUUUUUGUUGCUUUUUUAGCAGAGGUCGCAAAAAAGGCCUAAACUCCGUAGACAAUUUCAUAUUUGCGAAUUUAAACGAGCUAGGACUGCAAGCCAUGUUAAUUGUGGUAUUUUUGGCAGCUAUUUCUGCCCUUGAGGCAGCGUAUAUAACCGAACUGACUGAUGACAAUUUUUAUGAGUACGUGAAAGACAAGAAUGUAGUCUUGGUCGACUUUUAUGCUCCCUGGUGCAGCGACUGCAAAAAUUUGGACCCUGAGAUAAACAAAGCAGCAGAUACCCUGGAAACAAGAAGCGGUGACAUCGCGAAGGUGGACUGUUUUGGAGCUGGCAAAGGACUGUGUGAAAUGUACAGGGUGAAAUCUUGGCCCCAGGUCAAACUUUUCAGGAAAGGCAAUUACAUCGGUGAAUACACAGGGGCACAAACUGGAGACGCAAUAGCAUUGUACGUCGAGAGUCUCGCAAGUCAGUCCUAUGAAAACCAAGUUGUUCCAGCAAACGUAGCGGCCGCUGGACAACAAAUGCCCUACCAAGCACAGCCAGUGGUACCCGGACCAGGUCCCAUGGCUGCAGUCCCUGCCUCGCAGCCACAAAUGCAACAACCUCAAAAAGUUUCCACACCCGAAAACUCGGGACUCAAAGUCGAAGCACAUGCAAAAGCGACGAUCCAUAAGAAUAAGGGAUCGAAGAAAAGUUUGAGCGAUCAGCUAUCAAAAAAUAAACUCAAGAAGAUCGCAAAAGUAGCCAACCGAAUUGCCAAGAAAAUCACGAAAACUGCAAAGAAUCUGAAGAAAGCGAAAGGCAAGGGCUCAGCCAAACAAUAAGGGUAAAGGUAAAGCGAUAGUUUGGUUGCUUUACAAUUGAACAUGACCACACUGCAAGAUAAUCGGACGCUAGUCUGAUAAGGUAAAGGUACAGCAAAUGCGAUAACGAGGCUUAUCCAACUGGACAGGAGCAGGAAAGCUGGCGAAUGCCGUUUCUCGGGCAUUUCCAUAGAGUACUUUCGGUUUUUUAAUAAAUGAAUUCAAUAUGAAUAAAUAAGGCUAAUGGUUUAUGGUUUUGUUCCAUUCUUUGGUAAUUUGGUUCUAAGAUAAAUUGUAAAUACAAGUAAAGAAUAAUGAAGAAUAAUUCAGUUGUCCGUUCAAGCAUUUAUAGAACAGACUUUAUUUCUA